UGGUUGUGCCCCUGCCGGCCCUGGGGAGGCCGCGUCUCCAUGUGGAAUUCCCCACCUUCUCCCAGGUCGUCACUGCUACCCAGCCCCUCCUGGAGUCUCUCUCUGCACAGCAGGGAAUGAUGGUGAGGCGCCUGGUCCCCCGUCUGCCUGCCCUCCCUGUCUGCCUCGCCGUGGUCCAGCUGCUCAGCCCCUGCUCAGCUCAGUUUGCUGUGGUGGGACCCCCCGAGCCCAUCCUGGCCAUGGUGGGUGAAGACGCUGAGCUGCCCUGUCACCUGUCCCCGGAGAUGAGCGCUGAGUACAUGGAGCUGAUGUGGGAGCGACUCAGCCCCAGGCAGGUGGUGCACACAUACGCACACGGGCAGGAGGACACGCCGGCAGCAGAGUUUCGAGGGAGAACUUGGAUUUUAAGACAGGACAUCACUGCGGGGAAGGCUGCUCUGCAGAUUCAGGACCUCAGAGCCUCUGACAGAGGAACCUACCUGUGUUAUUUCCAAGAUGGAGAUGUCAUUAAAAAUGCCCUGUUGGAGCUAAAGGUUGGAGUGACAGAGUGA